AUGGCCCAGCAACAUUUUGCCCACCCCAAUUCCCGCUUCUGUGCCCCGGCGGCUCAGUGUCCCAUCAUUGACCCCCAGUGGGAGAGUGAGGAGGGCGUCCCCAUUGACGCCAUCAUCUUCGGUGGCAGGAGACCAGAAGGAGUCCCUCUGGUGUACGAGUCUUUCAAUUGGCAACACGGAGUCUUUAUCGGAGCCUCCAUGAGGUCUGAGGCCACGGCAGCUGCUGAACAUAAAGGCAAGACGAUCAUGCACGACCCCUUCGCCAUGCGGCCCUUCUUCGGUUACAACUUUGGCGACUACCUGGCUCGCAUGCAGAGCCGAAAGGCGCCCACUCACCUGCCCAAGAUCUUCCACGUCAACUGGAUCUUUUUUUGUACAGAGUUCUGA